AUGGAUUUGGAUGAUGAAAUUGGAGGCGGUGAGGAUUUAGGUAUUUACGUCUACCAUCCUACCGACAACGGCGAACGGUCCUCGAAAAGGCGCAAAGUGUCUACGAGCAAUGAGAAUAAGCCGCACCAAAAUAUUCAAUCGCAAGUUUUUGUUCCACUGCUUAACGGGAAAGAAUCGGCGGAACUGGUGGAUGGAAGAAAGGCAGCAUUCAAAGAACUAUGGUCCUCCCAGGAAGAACGAUGCAAGAAAGUGAUGGAGGAACUUGACUCUGGAAUCCUUGAGGACAUUACUUCUUUUGUGAAAACGGCAUCACCGGAGGCUUACGGCGGAUGCAUCCCUACGUCGCUCAUCACCAUCGGAUCGAAUGUAUCGGCUCUUCCAAGACUUUUAGACAUACUACACCGGCGUUUGACCACCGAGAAAUGUGGCCAAGUAAUUUUGUUGGAAUCGGGUGAUGCUCCGAAUCUGAAAGCAGUGUUGAAGACAAUCAUCAGAACUGCUGUCACAAGUACAUCUGGAAAUGAUGCAUACCAGAAUUUAUUUACGGAUAAAUCUGGGCCUCGGAUGCUGCCAUAUGACUUGAAUGUCUUAUAUCAGUAUGUGCUAAGCCAAGGGUCGAAGUCAUUGGUGUUAGCAUUUCGAGAUAGCGAGGCAUUCGAUUCUAGCGUACUGAAUGACCUUCUUUCAUUACUCAGUUCUUGGGUUGAUCGGAUACCACUUGUUCUCCUGUUCGGUAUUUCAACGUCUGUUGAACUCUUCGAAGGUCGGCUACCUCGCUCUACCGUGGCUUUACUGCAUGGCAAACAGUUUGAAAUUCAUGAGGCUGAGGGUGCUAUUGAUCGUAUCUACGAAACGUUGCAGACUGGUCCUGAUACAAAACUAUGGCUCGGUCCUUAUCUGAGUACAUCUCUGAUUGAGAAGGCCCGGGAUCACUUUCAAAGUCCGGAAGGAUUUAUUCGUGAGGUCAAGUAUGCAUACAUGUCGCAUUUUUUUGCUAAUCCUCUCAGCAAUCUACUUUCGUCUCCCAGUUUGAAACAGAAAGAGUUGUGCGAGGCUAUUCGAAAUUUGAAGUCCUUUAGAAGUUUUUGCGAACAAUCAAUUGACGAGGGCGAGGCAGAGUCUGUCCGCGCCCUUUUACUUGAUGACGACGCCCUUUUGAAGCAAGUGCACGAGUCUGUGGAAAACGGAGUCACCCAGAUGAAAGAACUUUUCAAUACAAUGAAUACGCUACGAUCACUCCAGACCAUGCUGGAACUCAGCAAAAUGAACAGCAAUACGGAUUUGUACAUCCGCGGUGUCUCUGGAGAUCUAAGCAAUUCGGUCACCAUCAAAGACCUAUUGAGUCAUUUGCAGAAAAUGGACUCAGAUAGUCUAAAAGCAAUCUUGACUGUUCUUCGAGAAAAUGAUAUGUCAGCUCCGCUUGUGGAUAUUGACCACUACGAAGAAGAGCUCCAGAGAUUACUGGCUACACACAGUUCAGAUGAACCACUACAUAGCAAACAUGAUGAUCAAAACACCAGCGUCAAAACAACCAUUGUCAAAGACAAAGUGAACCUCACCAAAACCAGAAAGAAGAUUUCCGGCGUCGAGUCCGCUUAUACCGAGCUAAUUGAAAAGUUCAUUGAAGAGCUCGAGACAAGCCUGACUUCGAAACUGACCAAUCCUCAAGACCUCUUCCUGCACGAAGUGUUUGUAUUCGACCUCCGAAACCCGUUACGAGACACAUUUGCGCCACGCACGAGAUUCUGCAUUGAGCGUGCCUUGUCUACGCCAUUCGACUACCUAGCAUCCGCAUCAUCCGAGCAUGAUCGGAGCGAAGGUGGAAACCUGUCUGCCCGACAGCCUGAAACUGCUCUUUUAUAUCAGCUUUACCUCGAAUCAGGAUCCUUGGUCAACGUAUUCGAUUUGUGGAAGGCUUUUUCCACCAUUAUUUGCGGUGACGGUCACGAGACUGAAAGAGAUGAGCGGUCAGCAUUGAUGUUGUUCUAUCGCGCCAUGUCUGAGUUGAAGACUUUGGGUAUGAUGAAGCCCAGUCGCAAGAAGGUUGACCAUGUUAGCAAGUCGGCCUGGAAGGGUUUAUAA